CCUUCAUCUACUCUACUGCUUGCUUGUCUUUUCUUGGACGUACGCGUGAACUCCACCUGCGAGUCGCCAUGGCCGGAGAGGACUUCGACGUCGACUGUUUCCUCAACCUCGACGCCAUGGACGAAGAGAUCUCUGUGGAAGCUCUGCUGGAGGCCGCGGACGCGAACGCCCAACUGCAACUAGAUCCGGCGACUCUCGGCCAGCCACUUACGGUGCCCAACGCUCAGGUAUUUCCCGAUGUCCAGGCCACGGCUUCUCUGAUUACGCUGCUGCUUUAUUCUCAGGUCCCGGCGUCGCCGCCCGUCCAUCACCAGCAAGCCCUGCCAGAGUCGUCGUCGGCUUACGGCUUUGACGAGCAGAUAAUGAUGCAGGCACCUAUCACCCACGUUAAUCACCCCGAUGUCCAACAGCAUCUCCAGCACCCUCAGGCCCCCGUCCAACACCAUCAAAUGCUGGUUGGAUCGGGCUUUCACGAUCAGAUGCACAUGCCGGCGCCGAUCCCUCACUUUCAGACAAAUAUCCAGGCGGCGCCCUUAGAUCAGGUGCCGGAGACGGGCGUACUACUCCAAAACUUUCUAGACGAGUCGACAUUGGCGUUAGACAUCCACGGCUUCGACGAGGAAAUGUUGAUGACGGCCUCGGAAGAUGAGGAAGAGUUCCCAGACCUUCCGUCUCCUGACAGCUUCCCCAUGUAUGAUAUCGACGAGGCGUUCAUCAGCGACGAAGUAAACCAAGCCGACGCCAAUGUUAUCCCAUACCAUGGCCCCAUGGAGGACGAGGAAAGGUUCGUGCCGCUCGCGCCAGGACGACUGCAGUGCGGCGACUGCCGUGUCGUCAGGCAGAUCAGGGUCCAAACUGACACAGAAGAAGGGCUCAUCCGUCUCCACGGUACCACCAAUGGAAGGUUUGAACAUGCGAUCCUUGAUCGCACAUACAUUGGCAAUGACAGUGAGGCUCCUAGGGCCGAACGGCUGUAUGUGGAUUUCAGUCGGCGCACAGGCGAGUGGGUGCUCAACUUCAUUGCAAACAUUAUUUGGUCGCUGAAGAACGAGACGGUAGGGGUAGUGGAGGACUCCGACGAACCAGUUAACACGCCUCCAAUAGUUAAUGACGCAUACCAACUAAUGGAAAUUGCAAUGCUGAAGAUCAUAGACUCCACUCCAGAAUAUGCUCAAAUGGCUGGUGCGCUAUCUCUGCCUCGGGCUGCUCAGCCAGCGCCGAUGCCACCACCACCACCUCUCACCACUCAGCCUGCACCGGCCAUGGAAGCCGCAUCAGAUGCCAAUGUCUCGCAUAAAAUAAUAAAGCCUGAUAUUUUUGAGUCUCGUCCAUUUGUUAGAAUAGAACAGUCCAGUGACAGUGCUAGGGUUCACUCAACUAGGCAGCAAGAGAGAAGAGAGGAGCAGGAGACACGACAGUACCUGCAUGACCUAAAGGAGAAGGCUCAGAUGGAUUUGGAUGUGCAAAAGCAAGCUCUCGCGGUCAAGAGGUUUUGUCGUAAGAAGCAAUGGACAUAUAGGUUGAACCUGAUUAAGAGGAUCAACAAAAAAAUCAUUAAAAUGGAGAAGAGAGCACUUACAUACCCGCUGAGUAGACUGCUGAAAAUUAGAGAUACCUUCGACAAAUUAGUCGUUGAGAAAGAAAACCUUGUUGCUCACAUCACUACGGCUAUGAAUAAUGAAAGCGGGAACAAAGGAAGCUAUAGUGUCGGCAAAAAUGACGACGAAGCUGGUCCCUCUAGCACCAAAAAGCUUUGAAGAUAUUGAGCAAAAGAUAGGACAAGGACUCAAAACUCUUCCAUCACUGACAAGCUUAUGGGCAAGGCUGCUGCUAUCAGCUUAAAGAUACCUAUAGUUGAUCAUAUGUUGCUCUCUUUUGGGGUUUGUCCGCUGGAUCACCUCGGAGUGGCUGUGGGGCCACUUCUCUUUUGCUACUUCCCGGUCUUUGGUCCCUUGGCGCUAUAUGAAUGAAGCCAGGUUCUCAAGCCUUUUAUCUAAAAAAAUCAUUCAAAUAUAUGGAUGAUAAGUAAACUUGUAUAUAGCUCUCUUGUUAAAGAUGUAAUAAUGUAAGCCAUUUAUACCACUAUAUCACUAUAUGAACUUUUACAAUGGCCCAAAACAA